CGGGAGCCGAGAGGGAUGCUGAGGCGGGCGGCGGCGGCGGCGGCGGCCCGGGGCCUGCGCAGGCCGCGGGGACCGGCGGCGGCGGCAGCGGGUCGCCGCCACGGCGGCGAGGCGGCCAGCCCGGAGCGCGGCCCCCGCAGCACUCCGAAGAUCUACACGAGAACGGGAGACGCGGGCUUUUCCAGCACCUUCACCGGAGAGAGGAGGCCGAAGGGCGACCGGAUCUUCGAAGCCCUGGGAACGACAGACGAGCUCAGCUCGGCUAUUGGGCUUGCUAGUGAAUUUAGCAGUGAAAAGGGCCACACGUUUGUUGAACAGCUUCACAAAGUCCAGUGUAUGCUGCAGGAUGUGGGCUCCAACAUCGCAACACCUCUCUCCUCAGCCAGGGAGGCUCACUUAAAACGAACAUCUUUUAGUGAGAAGCCGGUUCUGGAGUUGGAACAGUGGAUUGACAAAUACUCGGAACAGCUUCCCCCACUCAAAGCUUUCAUACUGCCAUCAGGAGGUAAAAGCAGUUCUGCUCUUCAUUUUUCCCGAGCUGUCUGCCGCAGAGCUGAAAGGUGUGUGGUUCCAUUAGUACAAGCAGGGGAAGCAGAUCCAAAUGUGGCCAAAUAUUUAAACAGAUUAAGCGACUAUCUCUUCGUUUUGGCACGUUAUGCUGCAAUGAAAGAGGGGAAGGAAGAGAAAAUAUAUAUAAAGUCUGAACCAUAACUGGGAGCUGGGAUGUUGCUUUCCAGAUCACGAAAAGCUAAGUCCAACAGACUAUUUUCCCCAGGCAAGAAAAGGAAGAGAAUGAGUCUGGAUUGGGAAUGUGAACUGACCAAAAACUUCCAACUGACAUAACCAGGACCUUGUUCAUAAAUGCUGUUAGGAACACAGCUGUCCACUAGGCCUUGUCUGAAUGUCUUUCGUAGUAAUGGUGGUGACUUCAGAAUUAAUGUUUGCCCCAAACUAGAACUGAGGCAAAAGAUUUCAAAUUUCUAUAAAUGUUUUAAUUUGUCUGGGCAGUGACAGGUGCUAUGGGAAGACUUCAGGACUCUGAGGAAUGGAGAAGAGAAAAUAAUCAGCUUCUCUUUAAGUCGUAAUACUCAUACAGAACAGCAACUGUACAGAGAUUCAGGAAUUCUAUCCACCAGCUCUGAAAUAAUAAAUGUGAUUUACUCGUACCAAA